AUGCCACACGCCACAUCAGACGCGCCACAUGCCACAUCAGACACGCCACACGCCACAUGCCACAUCAGACACGCCACACGCCACAUGCCACAUCAGACACGCCACACGCCACAUGAGACACGCCACACGCCACCUCACACACACAUCAUCAGACACGCCACACGCCACAUCACACGUGCCACAUGCCACAUCAGACACGCCACACGCCACACGCCACACCAGACACGCCACACGCCACAUCAGACACGCCACAUCAGACACGCCACAUCAGACACGCCACACGCCACAUCAGACACACAUCAUCAGACACGCCACACGCCACAUCACACGUGCCACAUGCCACAUCAGACACGCCACACGCCACACGCCACACCAGACACGCCACACGCCACAUCAGACACGCCACAUCAGACACGCCACAUCAGACACGCCACACGCCACAUCAGACACACAUCAUCAGACACGCCACACGCCACAUGA